AUGCAUUCAUUUCCUUAUUUUCACCUCUUCACAGCCAUUUAUGCAUGUUAUAUCUAUCUAUCUAUCUAUCUAUCUAUCUAUCUAUCUAUCUAUCUAUCAUUUUUCGUGACAUUUUCUUUCUUUCUUUCUUUCUUUCUUUCUUUCUUUCUUUCUUUCUUUCUUUCUUUAAUUACACUCGGUUCCUUUUUGUCUAUUUCUUCUUUCUUACUUUCGUUUUUUCUUUCUUUCUUUCUUUCUUUCUUUCUUUCUUUCUUUCUUUCACUCAUUCUUUUUUUAAUAGUACACUAUAUUCGUUUGUGUCUAUUCUUUCUUUCUUUCUUUCUUUCUUUCUUUCUUUCUUUCUUUCAUUCGUUCUUUCUUUUUCUUUCUUUCUUUUUUUUUAAUAUUAUACUUUUCUUUAUUUUUUUUCUUUCUUUUUUUUUUUUUUUUUAUUUCAUUUUUUUCUUUCUUUCUUUCUUUCUUUCUUUCUUUCACUCAUUCUUUUUUUUAAUAGUACACUAUAUUCAUUUGUGUCUUUCUUUCUUUCUUUCUUUCUUUCUUUCUUUCUUUCUUUCUUUCUUUCUUUCUUUCACUCAUUUUUUAAAUUUCUUUCUUUCAUUUUAA